AUGGCGGAGGUGCUGCGCGGCUUCCUCACGCGUUUCCCUGGCGCAAGGGAUGAGCCAGGAUUAGCAGAGGUUCUUGCCCAACAGGCAUCACUAGACCAGGUGGCGACGGCGUUGGAGGCGUUGCUUGUCCAGCCUGUUUACACGCUGGCCCUGGGGGGAACCUUGCGCAGCUGCGGCUCGCUCCUUCGGCUCCUCAGCUUUCUCGUGGAAAGGAGACUCGCUUCAAGAGUCCCCUUGGUGGAUGGCGGUUUUGCUACCAUGUUGGUGACAGUGCUGGAGCUGGCGCCGCAGUGCGGAAGUGUCGUCCAGCGCUAUUUGGAAAGCGCAACACCCCCGCAGGAGCUGGUGGGCCGCAGCGCUUCCACCGGCCGCACCCCAGCGGACUCGGAUCUGGUCUUCACGGCGCUGCGGGCCCUGCAGCUGCUGCCGGUGCUCCGGCGGCACCCCUCCUGGGCCGCUGGGCCGUUCAUGCGCCUGCUGCAUCACCAGGCGUCCGAGGUCCGCUGGGCUGCGGUGCAGGCUGUGGCGCUGCUGCUUAACAUGAGCGAUGCCAGUCGCACAGCGCUGGCGGGGCAGCUGAUGGCGCCCGGACAUCAAAUCUCGGCGCUGGCGUCCUGGCAGGCGCAGCGCAACGCAGUGGCACUGGAGCAGGCGGCCAUGUGGCUGCACGUGCCUUCGGCAUGUGAACACUGCCGCAGCAGCGAACAAGCCGCCGCGACUGCCGCGAGCGGGCAGGAACUUGCAGCCGCCGGCGGCGGCGCUGAAGCCGCCGUUCGGUGGGCUGGCGGCUCCGCCGCCGCCGCCGCAACCCUCUCCGUGGAUCCUUUUGGUCUGCCCGUUGCGCGCGGUUUCGUGGAAGUGUGCGGGAUCGAACUCGCAUGUCGGGAUACAGAGGAGGCAGUCGCCAAUGCAGGUCCUGGGCCUCCGGCGACCCCGGCAGCGGACGCCGCCGGCAGUGACAGCGGCGGCCACUGUUUCGUCGCCACGGAGACCGUCCGCCGUAACCUGGAGGCGGCCGCCUUGGUGCUGUGCCAGGGGCUGCCGCUGCUGCUGGAGGGGCCGCCGGGCGCCGGCAAGACGCGGAUGGUAGAGGAGCUGGCGGCGCGGACGGGCAAUGGCAGCAGCAUGGUGCGGGUGCAUCUGGACGACCAGAUGGACGCCAAGAGCCUGCUGGGUGCGUACGUCUGUACGGCGGUGCCGGGUGAGUUUGCUUGGCAGCCGGGGCCACUGACGCAGGCGGUUUCGGAGGGCCGUUGGGUGCUUGUGGAGGAUAUUAAUAUGGCGCCUGGCGACGUGCUGGCGGCGCUGGUGCCGCUGCUGGAGUCGCGCGUGCUGCACGUGCCUAGCCGUGGCUUAGUGGUGCCGGCGUCGCCGGGCUUUCAGAUCAUCGCGACGGUGACCAGCGCUCCCGCCGCCAGCGGCGGCGGUGCUGGUGGCGGUCACGGAGCGUACGGCAUGUCAAAUAUGGUCAAGGAGUUGCUGGGCGGUCUAUGGCGCACAGUACGCGUGGACGCUCCUACGGAUGCCGAGCAGAUGGCGAUGCUGGGGACCGCGUACCCGCAGCUACUGCCAGUCCUGCCCGCCGCGGUUGGGACCCUGUGCCUCGUCCAAGCUGCUGGAGGCCACGACGGGAUGGCUGUAGCUGGCCGCGGGGAGGUGUCUCUUACAGAGCCGGUGGCGGCGCCGGCUGGCUUUCGGCUCACAGCGACAGGGCCCCAGAUGUCGGGUGCCGUCAGCGGCGAAGGGGGGCCGAUAGCUGGCCAAGAGAGUUUGCAGCGACGGCGCGGCGCGUGGCACGCCUUGGCGGAGGCGGCCUUGGAGGCGGCGGGGCUGAAGCGCGGUGCGCUUACGUUGCACCUGGGCCGGCAUUUCUCCCUGCGGGACGUGUUUAAGUGGUGCAGACGCAUGAUGCACCUCCACGAGGCCCAGCUGCGCAUUCGCUCCUACAGCCAGCUGCUUAGGGCGCAGCGGAAGGCUGCGGAGGCAGCAGCCACCAGCGGAGCCGACCAGCAGCAGCUGGUUGACUUGUCCUCCAUUGACCCACGGGUCCGUGAGGCGGCCUUUGUGGAGGCGGCGGACUGCUUCGCGGCCCUGGUGGCACGACCGGAAGCGCGAACUAAACUGCUCAAGCAGUGGGAGCAGUUGGCUAAGCCGCAGCUGUCGGUGGUGGAGGCCGGCGGCGAGCGGCAGCUGGUGGUGGGGCGGGUGGCGCUGCCCAUUGCGCCGGGGCAGCAGCAGCAGCGAGACAUUGCAGCGGCGGCUGCAGGUCAGGGCGGAAGCGGCGGCCUCGGCACCUUUGCUCGUACUGGACAUGCGCUGCGGGUAAUGGAGCGCAUUGCUGCGGCGCUCUCUUGCAACGAACCCGUACUGCUGGUGGGCGAGACAGGCACCGGAAAGACCACCAUGCUCUCCCGCAUGGCGACCCUUGUGGGCGCGCAGCUGGUGUCAUUUAACCUGAGUCAGCAGACGGACAGCUCAGAUCUGCUGGGUGGCUUCAAGCCCGUGGAGCCCCGAGACGCGCUGGCGCCGCUGUUGCCCACCUUCACAUCGCUCAUUAGGCGCACAUGGACGAGGGGCAAUAAUGAUGAGUACCUGGCGCGUGUGGCGAAGCUGGCAGAGCGGCGCAAGUGGUCGCAGCUGCUGGCGGCUUUCCGCGGCGCGCUGGCCAAGCUGCACGACGCUGGGUUGGUGGCGGGAGCCGCCAAUGGCGGCACCGGCGCCGACACAACGGCAGCCGAGGCGGCGGCAGACGCUGCAGCGGAAGCAGCCGCUGAGAAGGGCGGCAAGCCGGCCAAGAAGCGGCGGAUGGGUGGAUCCCAGCAGCAACUCAGCGAGACACUACGUCACGAAUGGCGGGUGUUUUCGGCGGACAUGGCCGCAGCGGAGCGCGCCGCCGCUGUGGCGGAAGGCGGCUUUGCCUUUGCUUUUGUAGAAGGCAUCCUGGUCAAGGCACUGCGCAACGGCUGGUGGCUACUGCUGGACGAGAUUAACUUGGCGCCAGCGGAGGUUCUGGAGCGGCUCGCAGGGCUGCUGGAAACCGCCGGCGGCGACUCAUCGGCGGCGCAAGCUGAUGCUGCCGGCGGCGGUGGCAGCGGCGGCAGCAUCACGCUGUUGGAGCGCGGCGACACGGUUGCCGUACCCCGCCACCCGAAUUUCCGUUUGGUCGCCGCCAUGAAUCCCGCUACCGACGCUGGAAAGCAUGAGCUGCCGGCGGCGCUUAGAAACCGAUUCACGGAGAUGUGGGUUCCGGAGCCGGCGGCGCGGGAGGACCUGGCGGUGCUGGUGGCGGCAUACCUGGCUGGCGUGGGGGCGGCGCCUCCUGUGGACGCGGUGGUGGACUUUUACCUGGCGGCCAAGGCCGAGGCGCUGGCCCCCUCCGCGGCGCCCCGCAUGGAAGCCCUCAUAGCCAAACAUCUGUUGCCUGGAGUCAAGAACGCUAAGGCGCUGCUCCGCGCGCCUCCGGAGCCGGCGGGUGGGACCCACGUGUUGUUUGAGGCCUUCUGGCUGGAGCGGGGUCCCCUGGAGCUCCCACGAGGGGGGCGUGAGGAUGACGGCUCGGGACGGCGCUUCGUGAUGACACCCAGCGUACGGCAACACCUAACCAACCUGGCUCGUGCAGCACUGAUCAGGAAACAUCCCAUCCUGCUCCAGGGCCCCACCAGCGCGGGCAAGACAAGCUUGGUGGCGUACCUAGCCGCCCAGACCGGUCACACCUUUGUGCGCAUCAACAACCACGAGCACACGGACCUCCAGGAGUACCUGGGCUCCUACGUCAGCGAUGCGGCGGGGCGGCUGGUGUUUAGGGAGGGGCCGCUGGUGCAGGCGGUGCGGCGGGGCUGGUGGGUGGUGCUGGACGAGCUCAACUUGGCUCCCACGGAGGUUCUGGAGGCGCUCAACAGGCUGCUUGACGACAACCGGGAGCUGCUGGUUCCGGAGCUGGGUGAGGUGGUGCGCCCGCACCCCCACUUCCUGCUCUUCGCUACCCAGAACCCACCUGGCGGCGCCUACGCCGGUCGCAAGGUCCUCAGCCGGGCCUUCCGCAGCCGCUUUCUGGAGCUGCACAUUGACGAUAUCCCCGACUCCGAGCUUGCGGAGAUCCUGGAGAAGUGCUGCGCCAUCGCGCCCUCGUAUGCGGCCAAGCUCGUGGCGGUCCAGCGGGAGCUGCAGCGCCGCCGCAACGCAGCCAGUGUGUUUGCGGGCAAACAUGGCUUCAUAACGCCGCGUGAUCUAUUUCGUUGGGCGGAGCGCGGCGCGGUGGGGUACGAAGCGCUUGCGGCGGACGGGGCGCUGCUGCUGGGCGAGAGGCUGCGCACGCCAGCCGAGCGGGCGGAGGUGGUGGGCGUGCUGGAAAAGGUUAUGAACGUGAAGGUAGACCUGGAGGCCCUGUUCUCUGCGGAGGGAGAUGCGCCCAUUCGGGCCCUGCAGGUGGCCCUGCAGGAACAGCUGAAGCCUGGGGGGUCUGAGCUGGCUGAGGGCGCGACCGGCCCCGCAGCGGACGCGGGGGAGGCCCUGCAGGCGGCUUUGCGUGGCGUGGUGUGGACUCGAAGCAUGCGGCGGAUGUACACCCUGGUGGAGAGGUGCUUGCGCCACAGCGAGCCGGCGUUGCUGGUGGGCGAGACCGGUACCGGCAAGACCACCGUGUGCCAGCUGCUGGCGCUCAUGCGCCGCCAGCACCUCCACAUCCUCAACUGUAACCAGCACACCGAGACGUCGGACUUUCUGGGCGGCUUCAGACCUACUCGCGGCAGGGAGAGAGCCGUCGGGCAGCUCCGUGCCGCAGCUGCGCGCGUGGCGGCGAGUCCACUGCUGGGGGAGCUUGUGCCGCAGGCCAUCGCACCGUUGGCAGCGGCAGUGGCGGCGGCGGCGGCGGCGGCCGCCAAGGCAGUGGCGGAGCUGGACGUGCGCGGGAGAAAGGACGCCAGGAAGGCGCUACGAUCGGUGUUAAAGAAGAAGGCGGCGGCGGGCGGUGGCGAUGGCGGUGGCGGCGCCGCGGAUUUGGGCGAGCAGCUGAAGGUACUGCAGGCGGAUGCCGCCACAGCGGCAGCGACUGCCGCGGAAGCACGCGCACCGUUUUCCUGGGUGGACGGGCCGCUGGUAACGGCGAUGCGCCGGGGCGACAUGAUCCUUGUGGACGAGAUUAACUUGGCGGAGGAUGCCGUACUGGAGCGCCUGAACAGGCAAGCGCGCUUCUCCUGUUAUGAACCGCCGGGGUGUCGUCGUGGUUUAUACAAAACUCGUGGUGUUUUGGAGCGCAGCCGUACUCUGACACUGGCGGAGCGCGGCGGCGAGGGCGCCGAGGUGGUGGUGGCUGCGCCGGGCUUCCGGUUGCUGGCCACCAUGAACCCCGGCGGCGACUUUGGCAAGAAGGAGCUGUCGCCGGCGCUGGCCAACCGCUUCACGACCAUCUGGGUUCCUGCGAUGGAUGAUCCGGAGGAGAUGCGGGCCAUCUUGGAGUCCCGACUGGCCGACUCGUUCAACCGCGCUGCAGUCGCCGAGCGGCUGCUGCGCUUCUGGCAGGAGUACCUGCGUCUGCAGCCCAGUGGCGCCCGCCAGCCGCUGAGUGUGCGCGACCUGCUGGCAUGGGUGGGCUUCGUGAACGCCACGGCACCGCAGCUGGGGGCGCUACCCGCGUACGCGCAUGGCGCCCAUCUCACCCUGCUAGACGGCAUCGGCCUGGGCGUGGGCCUGCCCGCAGCGGCCGCCGCCAGCCUGCGCGCCAGCCUGUGCGCCUUCCUCGCCACCCAGCUGCCGCCGGAGCUGGGCCCUCACGCCGCCCUGGCGGAAGGCCACCUGCACGCGGCCGAAUCAAUGGCUGCGAAAGGCCUGGUGCCCGCCUCACCGCCCGACGGCCAGUGGGGCAUCCCGCCGUUCUUCGUACAGCUGGCGGCAUGCAACCGCGAACCCCCCGCUGUCGGCGGCUUUGCGCUGCGGGCACCAACCACGGCACGCAACGCCUUUCGCCUGCUGCGAGCCAUGCAGCUGCGCAAGGCGGUCCUGCUGGAAGGCAGUCCUGGGGUUGGAAAGACCAGCUUAGUGGCGGCGAUGGCCAAGGCGACCGACAUGAUGGACUUGCUGGGUGCUGAUUUGCCGGCGCCAGGCGGUGCUCCAGGACAGUUUGCUUGGUGCGACGGGCCGCUGCUGGGCGCGCUGCGCGCCGGUCACUGGGUUCUACUGGACGAGCUUAACUUGGCGGGACAGUCGGUGCUGGAGGGGCUCAAUGCGUUGUUGGACCACCGCUCGGAGAACCCGCUGGGCGAGGGCGGCGGCCGUAAGGGCCUGCCGCGCUCCUUCCUCAACCGCUUCACUCGCGUGAGUGUGGAGCUGCUGCGGCGGGACGAUCUGCUGUUCAUUGCAGGCGCGCUGCACCCACGCGUGCCGUCGCCGUUGCUGCACCGCAUGGUGGAUCUGCUGGACGCCAUGCAGGCGGCCGCUUCCGGCGGCGGCCCUGGUGCCGCUGCGGCGGCGGCUGGGACAGAGCAGCAGAUCGUGGACGCAUCCAGGGGACCCGAUGAUAUGGAUACGCAUGCGGACGUGGCGGCGCCGACGGCGGCGGAUGGAGGGCCAGCAGCAGCGGCGCUAGAUGCCGCCGCGGCCCACUUUGCUCAGAUGCUGUUUACCCACCGACUGCGCACGAGCGAUGACCGCGCCAAGCUGCUGCGGCUCUUCACGGCUGUGUGGGGCGCGUCGCCGUCGGACUGGCAGAAACAACCCCAGGGUGCCGCGGCGGCGGCGGCGGCUGCCGCCGAUGCAGCGGCAUCAGCCGCCGGCGCCACCGCGUCCGAACUUCAGCUGCUGCCCUGGUCGCUGCCGCUGCUGGAAAGCCUGCUACAGGCGAUGUCGCGCGGCUGGAUGGCACUGCUGGUGGGAGGUCCUGGGGCGGGUAAAACGGCACUGGCUCGCACGGCCGCUGCCCUCUGCGGCAUGAGGCUUCUGGAGAUUUCUUUGACAAGCGGCACGGACACGAGCGACCUGCUGGGCAGCUUUGAGCAGUUGGAGCCAGAGCGCAGGGUGCAGGAGGCUUCGGAGCAAGUACAGCAGCUGGUGCAAUGUGUGUCGCAGCAGCUGCUGACACGCGGCGAAGGAACUAACAGCAGCCGAAACGCAAACCACUCGCCACUCGAGGGUGUGCACGCCGGCCGUCUGGCGGCGGCGCAGGAGCUGCAGACCGCCUGGUACAGCCACGCUACCGCUAUGGCUGCAUUGGAGCGCCAGGCGGACGCGCCGUCGCCCAUUGCUGCUGCAGCAGCCAAGGUGGAAGGGCUGCGUGGCGUCAUGCAGGUGUGCCGCUCCGCCAUGGCUAUGCUGGAGGUUGCCGCGGCCGCCGCCGCCACUAUUGCUACUGCCGCAGCCGCCGAGGCCGCGUUGGAAGGCCUUGCGGCGCUGCUGGCUGACGAGGCCGCUGCGGCGGUCGGCGGGCGGUUCGAAUGGGUCGACGGCGCACUGACACGUGCCAUCGAGCGCGGCGGCUGGGUGCUGCUGGAAGGGGCUAAUCUGUGCAACCCCACCGUUUUGGACCGUCUCAACCCGCUUCUGGAGCCCAACGGCGUUUUGUAUCUUAACGAGUGCGGGCACACCGCGUCUGGCCCACGGGUCAUUCACCCGCAUCCGGAGUUCCGACUCAUCCUGGCUCUAGACCCGCGGCACGGCGAGGUGUCUCGCGCGAUGCGGAACCGCGGCAUCGAGACCUUCCUGCUGCCGCCUGCGGCAGUAGCGCCUGGCGCCGCCGCUACUGCCGCUCUGGUGGAUGCCGGGGCAGUGGUGGACGCGGACGUGGAGGCAGUGCUGCUGUCGCAAGGCAUCGUUGGGAAACGGCUGCUGCGUGCGAUGGCGCGAGGACAUGUGGCCAUGUGCCGCAUGUGUGCGCGGGCUCACAAACGGCCGCCGGGAUUGCGGGAGGCCGCCACAGCGGCGGGCUUGGCGGCAACACUGCGGGAGCGCGGAUGGGCCCUGGCGGCAGCGGUGCGAACCGGCUGGACGCACGUGUACCUGCGGGGCCAGGGCUUUACGGCGGUGGAGGCGGCGGAGGCGCAGGGCAUCCUUGAUGAUGUAGUGCGACAGGGCGUCAACGCACCAGUGCUGCUGACGGUAAAAGCCGCCCUAAGCGAGAUGGAUUGGGAGGGCGCGACAGCGGCUGCUCCUGACGCUGAAGACAACCAUGCCGACGGCUCUGGCGCUGACGAUACCGUGUUGCUGACGCUUGUGGGACCGGGUGGCUUGCUGUACGGCGAGAAGGCAUUACAGGCGCUGUGCGAGCAGCCGCUGGUGCCGCAGCGGUUGGAGGCGAGCAUGCUGGCGGCACCGGCGGGCUGGCCUGUGGCGGCGACGGUACAGCAGCUGGCGGCCACGUCAGCCGUCGCCGCCGCGGAGCGUGACGUGUCCUUCCUGCGGUACAUCUUGGGCGCGUGCGCCGCCGCGGCGGCAUGCGGGUUUGGCGGCAACUCGGCAGUCGCCGGGGCGCGCCGGAAGGUUUGGGCGUCGCGGCUCCAGGCCGCGUUGCGUGACGCCAGCGGACCUGCGCGCGACGCUGCCGUACGUCUGCUUCAGUACAUGCCCGCGGAGGUGGUGGGCCCCGUGCUUCACGGCGGCAGUGAGGUUGCAGCGGCUGCAUCCGACGGCGAUGCAUUAACGCUGGCGGCGGCGCCAGCGGCACCAGUCAAUGCCGUCAACGUGCACCUGCAGCAGCUGGCGUGGGCCGCAGCGCAAUGCCUGGUCCAGCGAGCCAGCAUGCUAGAUGGGCAUUACCGCACGUUGUUGUGCGACGUGGCGGCGAGCGAGCAGUCGACCCUGGCGGCGGCGCUUGCAAAACAGACGGCGGCGGCAGGAAGCGCGGCGGCGGGUAUGCCGACAGAGCUGCAGCAGCUGCAGCCACUGGACCUACGCUACGGCCAACUGCUACAGCCCUUCUUGCCUGGUGUACCCGCGGCGGCGACGGAGGCGCUGCACCGCGGCGCGGCGCGGUUGCAAUGUGCGCAGGCGGCACUGGGCGCGAGGCUGCUAUUGCGCCGCGUUGUGUUGGGCACGGAUGCGGCGGUGGCCGCCGGCACGGCGUCGCCGCUGCAAUUGUCGUACUGGCGAUUUCUGCGACCGGAGGAAAGGGCCGCGAAGGACGCCGACCACCCCGCCGUGGACUGCCUCUACCCGCUGAUGUCCACCUUCUGCGACCUAGAGGAUCAGCUGCUACUGCCGCCGCUGCCGCAACAGCAGCAGCAGCAGGCUGUUGGGGUGUCGUACGACGGCACCUGGGACGGGGCUCUGAGAGAGCGCGUCGCAGCUGUGCAGAUGUGGCGCGGCGCAUUGUGGCGCAUCGCCCAUGGUGUACUGCACCUCCCACUGUCACUGCUGCCGCCGCCGCAGCAGCAGCAACCGCACACAGGGCUCACUUCCGAGAGUUCUGCAGCCGCGGCGGCGGCAGUUGUUGUGCCACUGUUGAGCUUAGACGUGCCGCAGCUUACGUGGACAUGGAUGCGGGCUGAUAAGGCCCUUGUGGCGCUCCUAGCGCACCCCGACGUGGUGCUGGCGGCUGGCGGCAGCGGCGGCGGCGACGUCGCGGCGCGGCUGGAGUAUGUCCGGUCGCAGAUGCGAGAGGCAUUGGGCCUCGCCAGUCGGCCGAGCAAACCGCUGGCGUGGCGAUUUUGUGGAAAGCCCGUGCUACCCAGUACCCUGCCACUCCUUGAGGCGCUGGUGCAAGGCCGCGCGCUGUCAGCAGCGGCGGCGGCGGUGGAGUUGGAUCCGCAGGGCAGGCCGGUAGGCUUGCACGGUGUGGGUGUGGAUCUGGACGACGUUGUUGUAGCUGCGGCGGCGGCGGCGGCGGCAGCCGCGACCAGCGGCGGCGAUGGCGGCAGCGGCGCAGCAGCGCGCACAGUUGAGGAGCUCCUCGCCGACGACACACUGGAUGUACGGCAGCAGGUGGCGGAGGCGGUGGCAUUGACGCUGUGCGUCGACCCAACGCUGCGACUGGCGCUGCGGCGGGGUGUGGCGAUGUUGGGGGCCAUGCCGUUGCUGGAAGCGCUGCGGCCUGGCAGCAAGCCGUCAGCAGCAACAGCAGCAGCAGUAGAGGCAGGGGACCCCAGGUCUCUGGCGAUGCAAGGUGCCGGGGUGGUGUCGGCAUUGCGGGUCUCGCUGCACGCCUGUGUACAGGAAGCAGUCGCACGGGUUCUGGCCUGCCCGUCUGAGGACGAAUGGAUGAUGCGGCAUUGUGCUCUGGAGGCGCGCUCGCAGCCCACCGCGACCGCGACUGUGGAUGCUAAGGCGGCGGCGGCGGCGCUGCCGCUGCAGCUGCUGCUGCCCAGCUCGUGGAUGGCAUCGCGGACUUGUCGUCAGCUGCAGCUGCCGCUGCUGGCGUUGCAGGACUGUUGCAGCCUCCGGCGGCAGGUGGGGUUGCUGGCGGCGGCGGCGGCGGCGCACAUCGCCACGGUGUGGCUCACCGACGUGCCGCUAGCAGCUGCGGGGCCGGCCGCGGCCGCGACGCAUGCAGCCCUUGCUCUGUCGCGUCAGGCACGUGCCAUCGUUGAUGCCACGAUCGGCAGCUCGAGCCGAUCUGCGAUUGACCUUGCACCUUGCCAGCAGCUCCAGUGGGUUCUGGAUGAGCUUGAGCGGCACCAGAUCCAACGGCAGCAGCGGGAAACUCAGGCACUAGCGUUACGCGGUCGCGACGGUUCGACGCGUGUUCUGAGCGGGAAGAGCGGUGCGGCCCGCAGCGGUGCUGUCGUUCCCCCCGUUGACGGCGGCCUCGACAUCCAGCAGCUCUUCCAGGUUGUUCUUCCGGCGCUGACGCACGACAUGUGGCUGACAUGGCACGCAGCAAACUGGCGCAACUGCUUCAGCAACGGCCUGGGUGUGACUGGGGCUUGCAGCAACGGCUUAAUGCAGGGGUUAUUGCUGACGGCGCCGCUGCCUAGCGGCCCAGCGGCAGCGCUGGAUGCGCCGCUGCUCAGCGCCUGUGCCCUGCGUGUGUUGGGCAGCUCUGAGUCGCAGGUUCGGAGCAAGGCUAUGCGGUUGCGGCAGCUGCGAGCCGCGGUGGCGGCGCUGCUGUCUCAGAGCGCCGGCGGCGACGAUGUCGCUGCCGCUGCUUCGCCACCUGGCCCACUUGGGCCGGCGGCAGGUGCGGUUCUACCGCCCGAGUGGCCGGGCCUAGCGUACCUCCUCUGCCAGCUGCUGCUUGCACAUGUCAGCUCCCUGCCAAAUGAGGGCAUGCGGGCGGUGCUGUGCGGGCUGUGCGGCCAGCUCGUGGCCGCCGCCACCGCCGCCACGGCGCCGCCGCAAGUGGCGCCGCAAUCACUUAACGCCGCGGCGUUGUCCGAACAGCUGGCUUCUGUGCUGGUGCACUCGAAUCAUGCCGUCCUGCGUCAGCUGCUACAGCCUGUGGUCCUUCCAGCCGUCACUACGGUGGCGGAAGGGCUACAGCUGUGCAUGACGGCAGCCUGUGCCGGCAGCGUUCGGCGGACGGCGCGGGACGCCGAGCUGGCGCGGCGCGGGCGCGCGUGGGUGUUGGUGGGUCUGCUGCGGCUGCAUCUGGUGGUCCCGCCGCCUGGCAUCGACCCCGCGGGCAAGUACGCACUUAAGCGGCGUCACCUGGAAGGCAUUGUCGUACACGAGCUGCAACCUGAGAUCUUGCGAGGCGGCGCACCUGGGCGAGCUGAUGCAACGCCGGGCUCAGACCGUUGCGCAGGCCGAGGCGGCGGCGGCGCGCUGCGUGCCUCGCCCGCAGCCGAGCCAGUACGCGGCGCUGCAGCGGGAGGCGGCGAGCUUCGCAACCUCGCUGGCGGCGCCGCCAAGGCUUCAGCGGUGUCCGGGGAGUUGGCGCAACACGUACAACCGGGGGCAGCGGCGGCGACGUCCUUACAGGAGGCGGAGCUAUGGCUGGCAAAUGCGAGGGCGUGGUGCGAGCGCUUCGGUCAGCGGUAUGCUUGGUACCCCGACAUCACGCAGCCCGUCCAGCUAGCCGUCCACGAGAUGGCGCGCGGCUUUGCGCUGCUCUCCGCCGCCUCUCCAGCCCCGCCUGCUACCGCCGCCACAGCUGCUGCGGCGGCGGCGGGCUCUACGGCACUCGUACCGCAGCAGCAGCUGGGUCCCAUCGCUGCCAUCGCUGCGGGACUGUUGCGCUUCCCCACUGUUGCUGCUACGACCACCACCGCGGCCUCAUCGCAGGCAGGGGCGUUGGUGCUGCAUCCGCGUUUCCUGGCGGAGCCGCAGGCGCUGCAGUUGGUGCAGCAGGUGGCGCGUGCAGCGGCGCUGCAGCACCAACAUCAGCAACAAAACCAGGAUGCCGCCAAGGCGGUGCAGGCCGCCGAUUUGGCUGGCUACGAGAUGCAGCUCCGGGCCACGCGCGUGGCCUUGCACGUGCUGGCACGGGAGGCUAUGGCGCGCGGUGGCCGCGCUGUUACCGCUGCUGACGCCGACACCGAGGAGGGUGCGGAUGAGGCCUCUGUGCUGCCGUCCCUGGAGCGUCUGUUUUCGGCGCUGGUGCAGCAGUGGGCUGCACUGAAGGCAUUUGAGGAGGCUGCGGCGGAAGAGGAGGCCCAGCAGUUCAAGACUAAGACAUCGACCGCUACGUUUAUGGAUGAGGACGGGGAGUCGGAGGCGACGUACCGGCUGGCCUUCCCGGACCACUACGCGCCCUUCCGCGACGUGGUGCCGCUUGACCCUGAAGAGGAGCGACAGCAGGAGGAGGACGCGCGGCGGCGUGGCGACGACAGCGCGGCGGCGGCGGCGGCGGCUCAGGACGCCGCCGCGACUGCAGCGCAGGCGCGCAGCAGCGCGGCGCGUCAGCUGCUUGAUGGUGAUCUGCUCACCGACGUCGUACGGCUGCACGCUGCCGUAUUUGGCACCUUGGCGGCGGAGGAACAUCUGGAGGUCCGCCAGGUGGCGGCCGCGAUGGUCGGGGACAGAGCCGGCAUGGACGCCACGGGUCCGGGUCCGGUAAUGCCACCGGGGCAGAUGGUACCGCUGGCCGCUGCCUCCGCCGCCACGGAGGACGUGUUUCGCCGUAGCUACGAGCUGGGUUCGGAGCUGCUGGCGGCUGUACGGUAUCACGUGGACGUUGCCGUGGAUGACGUCACCGGGUCGGGUCACGUGUUCCGGCUGUGUUUGGAGCACAACGCCCUCAACCGGGCUGCCGCCGCGACGGCCGCCGAUAUGACCGCGGCGGCUGGCGGUGACGCGGCGCGGCGGCCGGCCAGCCGGCGCGGCGCCACUUCAAGCGGCACGUCGUCGGGUCCUUUGCGCCGCCGCGGCGGCGUCAUCUUCGGCGAGGAUGACGGAGGCGUGGACAUCCAAAAGCCCUGCGUGGAGGAGAUCAGCUUGCUCCAGGAGCCUGUUUCUGCUUUGGAGAGUCGCCUGCGGGGGCUGCUUGAGGAGUACCCCGACCACCCGCUGCUGGUGCAGCUGCGCGCCAUUGCACUGCGGGUGCUGUCCAUGCAGCUCCAGUCCCCGCUCAAGGCCGCCCUCACCGGGCUGGAGCUGCUGCUGUCGAGAGCCCAGCUGUGGGAGGAGACCGCGGCCUCGUUCGUGUCGCUGAAGCCGCAGCUUGCCCCUCUGGCGGCGCUCGCUACUCGCUGGCGCCGCCUGGAGCUAAACAGCUGGAAGGGCCUCCUGCGCCGCGUCGCAGCGCGCCACACCGCCGGCGCGCACCGCUCCUGCUCAUCAGCGGCAGAAGCAGCGGCGGCGGCACUCGCCGCCAGCGGCGUGCCAAUCCUCAUCGGCAUGCCAUCCGUACCGGCGAUUCUGGAAGGCGCGGCGACAGAUGCCGCCGCCGCGGCGCCCGCCACCGGCGGGCCCACGCCUCUGUCGGCGGAGCUGGAGACGGUGUACCGCCGCAUGGCGUCCACCCUGGAGAGCUUCGUGCAGACGAGCACCCUGGGCGAGUUCCGCGAACGCCUGGCGAUGCUGCACUCGUUCGCGUGUUACGUGGCUGUGCAUCAGCGUCAGCGCAGCGGCGCAGGACCGCUGGCGGCUGCGCUGGUGGCCGCACUGCACAACUUGGUGCGCUACUACGGCCAGUUUGAGGGCGCGGUGGAGGCGGCGUUGGCGGAGGGCAUGGCGCCGCUAGAGAAGGACCUGCAGGAUUUCGUGCAGCUGGCGCGCUGGGACGACCGAGGGUAUUACGCCAUGCGGGCGUCCACGGAGAAGGCUCAGCGCUACCUGCAUCGCCUUAGCCGCCGGGCGGAGGAGGUGCUGCGCCAGCCCGCCGCCACCGCCCUUGCGGCCGCCGCCAAGGGCAUGGGUGUUGGGGAGCUGGCCGCCGCAGCGGCGGCGGCGGCGCGCGAGUGUGGCGGCGGCGCGGAUGCCGCUGCGGUGGCGGAAGCCGGUAAAGUGGACGGUACGGCGCAGCAGCGGACAGUGGCCGCCAAGCCGAAGCCGAGGAAGCUCACGGCAGCGCAGGCAGAGGCGGAGGCGGAAGCCAUGGACUUGGCAGGCACGGCGGCGACGGAGGGUGCUGACGGCGUAGGCAACAUCAGUACUGCGGCGGCGCAGUGGGCCCGCAUCAGUGCCGACCUGCAGGCUGCACUGCCUCAGGACGCCGAUUCGCAGCAGGUGCUGGCCGCUGCCGCUGCCAUACUCUCCGCUCCAGGUGAUAGCAACGGCGCAUCGACAGCGUACCUGCCUCGCCUCCCACAGCUCGUGGCCCGGCUUGCACGUGUCGUGGCCGACUCGCUGCAUCCGCGCAGCGAAGCCGCCGCCACCGCCGCCGCCGCCGACGGUACCGAUGACGCCGCCGACGGCGCUCCGGAAUUCAUGACUCCGGACGAGCUGGUGGUGACGUGCAUUGUGCGCUCCAACGAGCUGCGUGCUGACGUCAGCAAGGGCGCCCGCAUGCGCAAGCGCCAGGCGCUGGCGGAGCUGUUCGAGGCGUUGGAGCAGCAGGGUCUCUCCCGCCGCCAGACCGCCGUACCGCCGUACGACCGCGACGUCGCGGCGUGGUUCAAGCACCCGGAGCCUGUGGUGGAGCCGCUAUGGCAGGCACAAGGUGCGCCGGCGGCGGCCGCGGCGGCAGCAGCGGCGUCAUGGACGCGGGCCGAUGACUAUUACUACCGCUCUAUGGCCCGUCUGCAGAAACUGUGGCGGGGUGCCCACCAGCCGCACAGGGACCUUUCCCUACAGGAGGUGGCGACUGCGCGGCGGAUGAGUGAGCACGCGCUUUACGUUGUCCGCCGUCAACGCGACGCGCUAGGCGAGGCAGCGGCGGCAGUUGCCGCGCUGACCAAGCUGUCCGACUGGAUGCGCGAGGCGGGGACGCCUCCGUCACGUCCCGCCUCCUCUCCCUCGUCCGCGAUUGCGUCAAUCGGCGACGGAACAGCUUCCGUUGCCAUGCAUGGCUGCAGCCAGGCCGAGCGACUCGCUGCCGUAUACAAGCAGAAGGACCGGCUGGACAAUCUGGCGCUGCUGGGCUCCGAGACUUGCCAGCUGCUUGACGCCUGCUUAGCCACGCGUGCGUUGCCCGCCGCGCAGGCGCAGCUGGCGGCGGCGAUGGCGGCGGCCCGCGCCGCGACGGCGACGGUAGCGGCUUGCAAACGCCGCCUGGAUGCCGCGCUGCUCAGCUGCACAAUCCGUAUAAACGCCCCCGCUUCCGUAUCCGCCAGUGGCGGCGCUGCCGGUGGCAGCUGCCAGAUGUGGAUGACCCACGGGUCGGUCGAGGCAAUGAUGCAGAACUGCCAGGCGUUGGUCAAGGCGGAGGCUGAGCUGGCGGAGGCGGUCCAGGCGGCAGCGGCAGCAGCAGAGGCCGGCCCCGGCCUCGACGAGGUACCGGCGCUGCGUGAGCUGUACCGCACCGUUGCGUCCGCGGCCGCCGAGGCAGCCCAAUGGCUGACGGCCGCCGCGCCCGACCGAAACGGUGCUGGCGCUGAUGAGGCGGCCGUAGGUCCGACUCACGGGGGCAGCGGCGGCGGACUGUCUGAGGAGUUCGUGGCGGCUAUGGAGGGCUUAGCGGGGUUGCUGCUACGUAGUGUGGCGCCGAUGUUGCGCAUGGCGGCGGAGGCGCUGCGGCUGCGCGCUCUGCAGCUGCUGGCGCUGCAUCGCUCGACGGCCAAGCUGUCGUACGUAUGUACGGCUGUGCUGGCGACGCUGGUGGAGGAGGGGUACUGCGUGCCGGAGGAGGGCAAGGAGGUGGAGGGCGGCGACGGUCCCGGGGAGUUCAAGGAGGCGGAGGGGACCGGUCUGGGUGACGGCACAGGCGCCAAGGACAUCUCCGACCAGCUCGAUAACCAGGACCAGUUGCUGGGGGCGCAGCAGCGCGGCGCGGAGCAGAAGCAGGAGGAGCAGGAAGACAAGCAAGGCGGCGGGCCGGAGGAGGAACAGCCCAAGGGCAUCGAGAUGGAUGACGACUUCGAGGGCUCGCUGCAUGACGUCCCCACGGACCAGCGCGACAUGAACCGCGACAGCGAGGACGAGGAGGGUGAUGAGGAGCGGAUCGACCAGCAAAUGGGGGACGUGGGCGACAAUGAGGAGGUGGUGGAUGAGCGGCUGUGGAAGGAUGAGGAUGAGCAAGACGGAAAGCCGGAUGAGCAAAAGAAGAAGAAGGAGGAGAAGUAUGAGAAGGACGCACCGAUUCAGGUUGAGGACAAGACCGACCUGGAGUACGCUGCAGGUCAGCAGGAGGAGGAGGAGGAGCAGAAGGACGGAUCCGCCAAGGAGCCGCCCAAGAAAGAGCAGCAGAAGAAGAAGGGCCCGGACGACGAGGACGCGGCGCAACCAGAGGCGUGCGGGGAGGAGGGUGAGGAGGAGGGCCCGGUCAACGAAGAUACGGAUGACAAGUACGAGGACCGGCACCACACUGCCCCGCAAGCGGCGGAGGAGGAGCUGGAGCUGCCUGAGGAAAUGAACCUGGACGGUGACGCGGAAGCGGACAAUGAGGACACUCAGCAGCCGCAGCAGCAGCAGCAGGAGGGUGAAGUCCCUGAGAAGGAGGAAGAGGGCGGGAAGCAGGGCAAGGAAGAAGAUGCGGAGAUGGUGACCGGGGAAGACGGCAAGGAGAACGACCAGGAGCAGCAGCAGGACCAACAGGACGGCAAACGCGAGGAGGACGAGGACGAGGCGGGUGGCAAGGACGGCGGCGAAGGCGAGGUUGACGGCCAGGGCGACGACGACGACAUGGAUGUGGAGGACCAGCCGGGAGGUGCAGGUGGCAUCGGAGAGGCCGGCGACCAGCAGCCCGAGCCCGAGCAACCACCGGAGGCUAUGGCAGUCGAUGACCAGCAACAGCAGCAGGGGGAUGAGGACCAGCAGCAGCAGGAUCCCCAGGCGGAGCAGCAGCAGCAGCAGCAGCAGGCGGGCCCGCGGGGUAUCGCAUCCGGAGCUCCCACCCAGCAACCGGAGAGUGCCGGUGCAGCGCACGGCGCGCCGGAGGAGCAGCAGCCCGUUCGGCCAGCGGAUGGCGACGCGGAGGGAUGCCAGCCGCAACCGGCCGCGGACUCAUUGCAGCAGCAACAGCAGCAGGACUUAUCCCGAGCGCCGGACACGGCUCCUGACGCCCGGCAGGCCGACGCCGGCUUGGCGUCCGUAGCGCAGCGCGGCGCGCCGGCGCCCAUUACGGGUGGCGACAGAGAGCGGGGGGCCCAGCAGCAGCAGCAGCAGCAGCAGCAGCAGCGGGGCCGGCGGCAGCAACAAGAGCCUAAUCCGCUCCGGAACCUAGGGGAUGCGUUGGAGCGCUGGCGGGCGAACCUGGCUGUGCAGCACGAGGCGAAGCAAGAGGACCGGGAGGCUGCUGGGGCCGCCCAGGACCAGGAUCAAGGACCAGAGGACGGCGCCGCCGGGCAAGAGGAGGCGCCGCCGCCGCCUGCAGGUGCAGAGUUUCAGUUCCUGGGCGCCGAGGAACGCUCCAGGGCGGGCGACACGCAGGCGCUGGCGCCCGCCACGGACGAGCAGGCUGCACAGCAGGCGGAGGAGCUUGACAACGAGGGCCUCAUGCAGCAGCGCCGGGACGAGCAGCAAGACGAUCAGCCUCUCCAUGCACCCUCCACCCGCUCCCUGGCUUGCUACGUGACUUUCCCUACAUCUAAUUUGUGUUGCAUUUCCAUUCCCCCCACCUUCCCACCCACUGGUUUCGCUUCGCCUGUCUUUGACUUGGGCCCACUCCUGGACAAGGGCGGUGAGGACGGCGCUGUUGCCAUGGAGGAGGAUGACCCGCAGGGCCCCGGUGGGGAGGAGGAUGGCGCCGAGACGCAACAGCAGCAGCAGCGCUCCGCGGUGGUGAACGGGCCGCUGCCUCGCACAUGGGCGGGGCGGCAGCGGCAGGGCAAGCUGGAAGCGGAGGACGCGGAGGACGGCGAGGGUGACGGCGAGCGGGAGGAGCGGCCCAGCGUGGAUGAGCUGCUGCGGCGGGACGGCGAGGGCGGUGACGCCGACGGUGACGCCGACGACGACCUGGAGCCGAGCCGGGUGGUGGCGCGCCUAGCCAACACGACACUGAGGGACGAUGGCGACGCCGCCGCUGCGGCGGCGGCAGAUCUCUCCGCGGCGGCGGCGCCGCGAGGCCUUACGGCAAAGCAAGCGGACCUUGCUUAUGGCAGCGAAAUCUGGUCACGGUGCGAGGCGCUGGUUACAGGGCUGGCUGGCGAUCUGACGGAGCAGCUGCGGCUCAUCCUGGAGCCCACUUUGGCGAGCAAGCUUGCUGGAGAUUAUCGAACAGGCAAGCGUAUCAACAUGAAGAAGGUGAUUGGCUACAUCGCCAGUCACUUCCGUCGUGACAAGAUCUGGCUACGUCGCAACCGGCCCGACAAGCGGCGCUACCAGGUACUGCUGGCGUGUGAUGACUCCCGGUCCAUGGCCGAGAAUGGAUGCGGUGGCUUUGCGCUGGAGGCCUUGGCGCUCAUUUGCAAGGCCAUGAGCAGGCUGGAGGUGGGCCAGGUGGGCGUGCUCAAGUUCGGUGGCGGCGAGGGUGUGGUUCCCCUGCACCUCCUGGAUGCGCCCUUCAACGACAGCGAUAAUACCAUUGCGGACCGGCCCAUGCUGCAGCUGAUGGCCUCCCUGGACCACAUGCUGGCGGCGGCAAGGCACAGCUGCGGCGCGGGGGGCAUUGGGGCAGGCACUCAAGACUUGGCGCAGCUGGUGCUGAUUCUGGCGGACGGUCGCUUCCACGAGAAAGAGUCGCUGCACGCGGCCGUGCGGGAGGCCGCCGCCAAGCGGGGCGUGUGCCUGGCUUUCAUCGUGUUGGACAACCCCACUAAUAGCCUGCUGGACAUGCAGAGCGUCAGCUUCACGGCCGGCAAGCCUGUCUUUACCAAGUACCUGGAUAGCUUUCCGUUUCCUUACUACAUCGUACUGCGGGACAUUGCAUCGCUGCCAGCAACACUGGCGGAUCUGCUGCGGCAGUGGUUUGAGCUCA